AUGAACAAGAUCAUUGUCUAUGAGCACCCUGAUUUCCACGGUCUCAGCAUGGAAUUCACCGAUGACAUUCCCAACCUCGUCCAAAAAAGCUUUGACAACUGCAUAUCGUCAGUGAAAGUGAUAGGGCACCCCUGGGUUUUAUACGAACACCUCUACUACAAGGGGUUACAGUGGGUCUAUGAGGAAGGAGAGUACCGCAAUGUCAGUAGGCAUGAUAUUGUUUCUUCGCUGAGGCUGAUCACAGAAGACCUGAGUGACCCUAAGAUAACUCUGUAUGAACACUCAAACUACAAAGGAAAAGAAAUAGUCCUCACCUGCGAGACCAAUCUGUGCUAUAGUUCCUUCGAUGACAUGGCAUCCUCCCACAUUGUGCAAAAAGGUGCUUGGGUUCUAUAUGAGCACCCAGACAGAGGAGGCAGAUGCAUCACGGCCCGGUAUGGCGAGCGUGUUCCUGACUAUGGUGCACUGUCGUUCCAUGACUGUGUGUCCUACCUGCGUCCUCUGAAGCCUGGCAAGGGGACAGUAACUGCAGAGGUCCUCUUGGAGAAGAAGGAAGAGAAGGUAACGUCCGUCAUCAUCGAUUCUAUCUGUGGUCUGAACUCAACUGACCAUGAGCAAACCUUCUCCACAUCACUCAGCAAGGAGUAUGAAAGUACUAUCACUGAGAACUUCAGUUUUAGUAAUUCAACAACAAUUAGUGCAGGGACAACUUUCUCUCUAGAUGUGUUCGAAGUGAAGAACACAUUCACUUUGUCUGUUAGCAACACCUUUAAAGUUGAAAAGGGGAAAUCUGAAUCACACACUGAGACAAGGAAGGUUAAUAUCACCCUGCCAUUGAUAAUUGGUCCGCACACCAAGCUCUCUGUGUCUGUGAUCAGGAAAGAAGUUGAUGUAGAGGUGCCAGUCAAGCUGACUAUAACUCGGGGCAAGCACAGUGUGAUUGAAUAUGGCGAGUAUAGGUGCCACUCAGGGCUGUCCUUGGAAACGGAGUACAAAGAAGAAAAAAUAUAGUUUUUUUCACAGAAAAAGGAAUGAUUAUAUGAUUAAUAUUCCCUUGUAACUUUAUACAGGAUGUCUGCAGCGCUGUCUGUGAU